GUCAGUAUUUUAAUUAUUCCCCCAUUGGUAAAAUGAAAAAGUGAAACCAUUUGUUUAAUAUCACAAUAAAACAAUAGAAAAAAUCCUUUAAGGAAAUAAAAUUUGUGUGCCUAAAUGUGUUUUCCAUGGUGUAAAAGUGUUUGAUUAACCGAAAAGGCAUUAGAAUAUGAUUAACACUAUGCUAGAACAUGUGUCCAUUAAAAUUGAGGCAGAGGAACAGCAGGCUGUGGCCAAUAUAUCAGAUAACAACAAUCAUGAAUUACACAUUAAACAAGAGCCUGGGCUGAAUUAUAUACAGGCGGAAACGAAUGGACAAGCAGAGAAUUUGUUGGUAAAACAAGAGAUCAGCGAUGCAGAGCAGAAUGCAGAAUUACAAGUGCUACGUGUUGAAUCGCCGCCCAAAAGACCACGCAGGAGUACCAGAAAUGCGGUUGAGGUACAAAAGCUAAAGCCAACAGCUAAUUCCUUAAAAACUGCCAAGAAAGAAACACAAGGCUCGAAAGACACCGAUGAGGGGUCAGAGUCGUACUCACUCAAGGCAACCAGAGUAGUUGGCAAAAAACGUUUUACAUGCGAAUAUUGCCCGCGUACAUUCACCAAGCGGCACCGUCUAACGGAACACCUGAAUGCGCAUAGAAAUCCAGACGAGAAACCAUUUACCUGUGAUGAAUGUGGCAAACAAUUUCGCCUGCACAUACGCAUGAAAGAGCACAAGCUGAGGCAUUCCAAAACACAAAAGUAUGUUUGCGAAAUCUGUAAUUUGGGCUGCUGCACCAAACCCGAUUAUAAACUGCAUAUGCGUCAUCAUACCAAUGAUCGCCGUUUCCAGUGUACCAUGUGCCCCAAGGCAUUUGUACGCAGCUCCGACUUGAAGACCCACAUGAGGGUGCACACAGGGGAAAAGCCCUAUGUAUGUGAGGUAUGUAAGAAAUGUUUUCGCGCCAAUCAAAAUCUUAUUGUGCACAAAAAAUUGCAUUUGGGUGAAGCCUCGAAAAUUUUCAAAUGUGAAUAUUGCGAAAAGAAGUUUUUGCGUAACAGUGAUCGCAAAAUCCACAUGAGAUCACAUACCGGCGAAAAGCCCUUCAAAUGUGAAAUGUGUGAUCGUUGUUAUUCCUCCAAUGUCAAUGUGAAGGCCCAUAUGCAACGUGAUCAUUUGGGCGAGGAGCCACGCAUACGUAAGAAACCGGGACCCAAGCCCAAGGAUUGGAAGGAGGAAGUAGCCAAGCAACAGAAACUGAUAGAGGAAUUGCAAAAUCAGUUAAAACUUAAGAUGAAGAAUGAAGAGGAAAUUUUACCAGAUCAGCAGCAACAGCUGCAGCAGCCUCACCAUUUUCAGCCGCAGCAGCAGCAUGUGGUGGUAACCAAAAUUGAAAAGCUGGAUGCGGAGGAAAAGCCCAUAAUACAAAAAAUUUCUGUAACGGUCUCCAUGACUUUAGAAAAUGUCACACCUAGUACAUCCAAAGUGGAAACGACAAAUGUGCAGGAAACGCAAAGCGAUAAUAGGCGUUCAAGAAAUAUUAAAGGGGAAAGGAAAUCAACCAGCUAGUUUUACUAGAGAGAAAAAAGAAAAUUGUUGGCAAAAAAAAACACCAAUUACGAAAUACUAAAUCAAUAAUUAUUCUAACUAGACUUAAGAAUAAAAAAAUUAUUAAAAAAGUUUCUAUACAAAAACUCCUUUACCAAGUACUGAUUGUUAAAAUCUUAAAAACACGGAAAAAUCAUCGAACAAUCUUCUGUAAAAGCAAGAAACUAUUGAAAAACGUUCCCAAUGCUCUAAAUUAUAUACCAGAGGCCUUAAAAAGAGUAUACAUAUAAUUAUAUACCUUCUCUAUAUAUAAGAUUCUAAAAUAAUACAAAAAUAAAAAAAAUAAUAAUACUUAAAUAUCUUGAAAUGUUUUACCAAUUUUUAAGAGUUUUGAAGGUAUUGAUUAGCAUUGUGGAAUAAAAUUCAAAAAUAUUGAAUAUUACAGAAAACAAAUGCUAUGGAUUGUAAAAGAACAGACAAAAAUAGACGGCAUGAGAAAUGCGUUUUGAAGGUUUACUUUGGGAGGAAACCUUUCCCCCUUUAUGAGAAUCUGCCUAAUUAUUCGGCUUAUGGUAACUUUCAUUUAGGAUACAUAAUGCCUUUGCCAAUUUUAUUGAUAACGCUGCGGGAAAUAUAUUUGCGGAAUAUUAUAACCCUCAAGCGUUUCACCCUAUGGUACUUUUUGGUAGAAAUGUUUAAAAAUCCUUUAAAACGUCUAUGUAACAACACAAAAUAUGCUACAAAAAUGUUCGCCGUUGAGAUGGAGUUUGUUUUUUUUUUCUCUUCUUUUAUAAUCCACGCAGUUUUUAUGUUCCACAGUGUAUUUAUUUACAUUCAAUUUAUAUAAUAUCAUUGAUGUUUCAUACAUUUAGGCAUAAUUUCUUUAAGUUUAAAAAUUUGUACCGUUUGUACCCCCUUGACAUAUUUUACGAUAAGAUUUUCUAUUUUUAUGCACUGACAUACUUUUAAUUUCUAAUCUUUAUCUACUCUUUCUUAUAAUGAAAUUAUUUUUACUUUCUUCUAAUU